CGAAUCAAAUCAUCUGCUGGUGGCAACCCAUACGUUAAAGCGACGCCAAGGAAGCAUGAGCUUGGAGCAGCAGCAACGGAAGAUAACGCCGGCCGAGGCCGCCGCAAUUCCAUCCAAUGCACCGGCCUCUCUCAUAGAUGCCAAGCUCGUGCGCCACACACGGCGCUGCAACGGUCGCGACGUCUGCUCUUGCAUGUUACGUGUGGAGAGCGCAUAUUUCCAGAAGAACUUGGCUGGUAAAGCCGCUGCCAAGAAGCGCCGAGGAGACAGCGCGGCCGUGCCAGUACCUACGAAGAGCAAGACGCACGCGUACCAGAAAGUGACCAACAUUCAGCAACUGAAUUACGAGCUCAAGCUCUAUGUUGCGGCGUUCCUGGCGCCUAUUUCACUCGGACGACUUGGAAUGACCAACAAGACCUUCAAGAGGGACGUGGAGAUCAUGGCUAAGCAGGCUACUGGAGAGUUCUUGGCCGAGGCAGAACGGAGCAAUCUACUGAAACAGGAGAAGCCCAAGAAGAUGGAGUCGUGGUCGCAGUUCAUGCACAACCAGAUGACGUGUGUACACAAACUCUUCGUCUAUUACACAGGCUAUAAGACAGGUCCCAUGAGGCAACAGUUCCCGCUCUGGUCUUUCGGUAUUGUCAACGUGGAUCCUAACGAGCCACACCGAAUUAUACUACCAAACGCGUGGAAGUUCCACGGGCACUACCCGUGGGUUCAGCGGCGCGGUAACGGAAAAGAUGGCGAAUGGCUGCUGACGAAGAAAUACUCGGCGAAUAAAGCACCGAAAGACUUUGUGGAGCACGUGAAGACGUGGGCGAACUCAUUACGGCCAGGAUCCAUGCUAACGAUCGCAGUAUGUUGCUUCUAUUUAGUACUACAGCUUGCUCAUGGAUUCACACUAAUGCUAUCUGUUCUGCUAAUAGUAUCAGAAUGCUGGUUCAUCAGAGCCGGCAUGGUGGGAGGCGCAAGCUUGGUAUGUAUGGCGUGGUGACGGCAAGCAAUACCCUGCAACAGUGUACGAUCCUGAGACAGAAACCCGCAUACAAGUUCAUCCGGAUAAUCUACUUGAGCACUUCCGAGUGAGUUGCAAUUGUGUAUCUACCGAACAGUAUCGAGCUGGGACGAGACUGACAAAACUUGCUUUUGGCAACUUUGUGCAGGCACACCCAUUGCACGUUAUUGACGUGUCAACCGAGCCAGGGUCAUUAUGCAAAAAAUGCGCUAGUAAGCACAGGACGUUCAAGUACUGUCACGUAGACAAAGGCCAUCCAAUGUUGUGAACCUGCGUGCUGGCUCAUUGUGAUCUGUCAGCUGAAUCUACAAGAGUAAAAGAAUACGCAGACAAGAUCACUACAUAGCUUAGCCCCGACACUCAAUCCAUUCACGGCUUCAUGCAUUAGACCUCAUAACAUUUGUCUUUUCACCCUACCAAAAACUAAUAUAAAUGCAGAUAUACUGGAGCCGCAAGACUACACUGCAAUGACAGGUUGUCUACGAGGUCCAGUGAUCAUGGACAGUCCUGCCUUGAACAAA